GUGUGGCUAACGGAAUUUGCUGGGAUGGGAUAAGAAGCAACGGACGUGAAGUAUGAACGUAGCUCUUUGAUCGGCAAUCUCCAUAGCCCACUCUAGAUGUCAAGUUUAAGUGUUGCUCUGUGUCUCUCGCCAUUUCCUCCAUCGAACACUUCUCAUUUCUCCAACAAUCCGAGCCCAUCAUCAACUCAUCCUAACAUUUCCGCUCUCAAUUUUGUUUCAUCGUACCAUAUCAAUCCCAAAUUGAAUGAUUCCUUCAAAUCCCUCAGAGUUCUGUCUUCUGAAACACACACCCCUUCAAUCGACUCCUCCACUUCUAGCAGCAGCAGAAACAACAACAGCAGCAACAGUUCUCAAUCACCCAGUUCUAAUUUUGCGUUUCUCUCAGAACCCCCGUCGCGAAAAGAUGAUGCCACCAUUAAAAUGCCCACAGCCCCUUGGAUGAAAGGUCCCAUUCUCCUUCCCGCCAAUGAAGUCUUGGACCUCUCUAAAACUAGGACUAGAAAGAAAAGCAGCAGCAAAUCAAGAGAUGAUGAUGGAAACAAUGAUAAGUGGUUGACUGAUAGGGUGAGUGGAGGGAGAGGAAAGCAGGCUAUGCGUAAAAUCAUGCAAGGCAUUACCAGACUUAGGCAAGAAACCCAUAAUUGCAAUUCGGAGGUGGAGUCUCAUAAAUUUGCAGAAGAAGAACUCGCGUUCCGAGUGCCUCUUGGACCAGUUGGCAGCGAAGAUGAAGAGGAAUCAAAAUCGGGUGGGAAAAUGCCGUGGUCGAAGGCGGAGAGACUUGUUUUUCCGAGAAUGAAGAAGGAGAAGGUGGCCACUGCGGCGGAAUUGACUCUUCCUGGAGAGGUUCUGAAGAGGUUGAGGAGUGAUGCUGCGAAGAUGAGAAAAUGGGUGAAGGUGAAAAAAGCAGGGGUGACCCAAGCUGUUGUAGAUGAAAUUAAGAUGAUUUGGAGGAACAAUGAGCUUGCCAUGAUAAACUUCGAUAUCCCAUUAUGCCGCAAUAUGGAUAGAGCGCGAGAAAUUGUUGAGAUUAAGACUGGAGGCUUGGUUGUUUGGAGUAAGAAAGAUACUCAUGUUGUUUACAGAGGAAGCAAUUAUCUAUCAUCCUCAGAAGCUUCACAAGAGUCACAUUCAGGUGUUGAGUAUGCAGAGCAGGGCUGGCCUUUCAAGAGUAUCUCUGUGGAAGAAAAUAUGGGUCUUAAAUCAAUAAAUAGAACACUGUAUGAAAGGGAAGCUGAUAGAUUAUUGGAUGGCUUAGGGCCUCGCUUCAUUGACUGGUGGAGACAAAAACCCCUGCCUGUAGAUGCAGACUUACUACCAGAAGUGGUUCCUGAUUUUAGGCCUCCUUUUCGGCUGUGCCCCCCCAAUGUGAGAUCAAAGCUGACAGAUGAUGAAUUGACCUACUUGAGGAGUCUUGCUCGUCAUUUACCUACACAUUUUGCUCUUGGGAGAAACAAAAAACUUCAAGGCUUGGCUGCUGCCAUCUUAAAGUUAUGGGAGAAAAAUAUUAUAGUGAAGAUUGCAGUUAAGUGGGGAAUUCCAAAUACAGACAAUGAACAAAUGGCUUGGGAGCUUAAGCAUCUCACAGGAGGAGUUCUGAUAUUAAGGAACAAGUUCUUAAUCAUACUUUACAGAGGCAAGGACUUUCUUCCUUGUGGAGUAGCAAAUUUGAUUGUAGAGAGAGAAAUGGAGCUUAGCAGAUUCCAACUGCAGGAAGAAGGUGCAAGGUUCAAAGCAAUAGAAUCAUUUCAUAUCCUUGAUGAGACUCUUACAAGCACCAGUGCUAUUGGAACAUUUUCAGAGUUCCAGGAUAUUCAAAAAAAAUGUAUAUGGAAUGACAAUAAAAGUAGGGAUAUUGACAUUAAAACAGCAGCUGAAAAAGAGAAGUUAGAGAAGGAAUUAAGAAAACAAGAGCGCAUGCUUUUCAUUCUGAAGAUGAAGAUAAAGAAGUCAGCAAAAGAGCUGGCUAAGCUUAACUUGGCAUGGAAACAUUCUGAGCAUGUUGCAGAUAGAGAAAUCAUAACUGAAGAGGAGAGAGAAUGUUUUCGGAAGAUAGGCCUGAAGAUGGACAAAUUCUUGGUACUUGGGAGGCGUGGUGUAUUUGAUGGUGUAAUUGAAGGUCUUCACCAGCACUGGAAGCACAGAGAAAUUGUCAAGGUGAUAACAAUGCAGAGAUCAUUUAUACAGGUUAUGGAUACUGCAAAACUGUUGGAGAUAGAGAGUGGUGGGAUAUUGGUUUCAGUUGAGAAGUUAAAAAAAGGCCAUGCAAUUAUUCUUUAUCGUGGGAAAAACUACAGGCGCCCCUUGAAAUUAGUGCCAGAUAAUUUCUUGACAAAAAGAGAGGCACUACAACGAUCUUUGGAAAUGCAAAGAAUAGGAUCAUUGAAGUUCUUUGCAUAUCAGAGACAACAGAUGAUCUUGAAUUUGAAGCACAAACUUAUGGAUCUUCAAAGGAGAAGUGAAGAAGCACAAACAGGAUUGCAGGAUUCACAGAAGCUGGAGUAACAAAACUAUGUCACAAUAUCGGUCCUCUAAUACCAAAUGUUCAAUGAAGGGAAGGGGCACACAUGCUUCAGCGAAAUGAAUUCCUACCCCUGAGAAUCAAUAACUUGGUCUGGGUGUUUUGCAAAUCAUUUCACAGCCUGGAUUCACAUGAAGAGAGGCUGCUGAUUAGCCAAGCAGUUCUGCCCAUUCCAUAUUUCUGUUGCACUCCAUUCUCAGGAAAUCCCAAGAUUGGUAGUGAGCUUCGGCAAUAAGUGGAUCCAGAGUUAGCUAUUAGAGUACAGCUGUAAAGUUAUUUCUAUAGGCAAGGUUAACAUUUUGCAAUACGUUUGUUUCCCGUUAAGGAAAAAAGAAAAUUACUAACAUUUCCAAUUCAUUAGGUUUUAACCUAUAGUGAUUGAAUUACUCCAUUGUAACAGUGACUAUUCUUGUUUAAGAUUAAGAGCAAUUCUUAUUUAUUUAAU